CAGUGGUGACCCAGAGACCAGAGGCAAGGAGCUAAAGAAAAGCAUGACAGACACUCUCGAUGUGACCAUUUAGAACCUACAGAAAACUGAAUCAGUGGAGGUGGUUCAACUCUGAGAACAUUUUCCAGAUAGUAUUCAAGUUUUACCUGUUUCUCCAUUGGUUGGUUACUUACUCUUCACAUGAACUGCAAAGCUCUUUGCCAGAUUUUUUAAAGAAGAAAGUGAGCUCAUGCAUUCAUUUUCUACUCAGAGAGAAAAUUGUAUGAGGGUGUUGGGUGACUGUUGAAAAACGUGUAUGACAAUAGUAGGCAAUAUGUCUUGAUUAAGAAGCCUAACCUAUUCAAACUAAACUAUUGUGUUCUUUAAUAAAGUGGAUAUAAUUGUAGUAAAUACAUUUGUAAAUACUUGACUCAUCACACAGUUAACAACUCAGGUUACAAUCUUAUAUUUCCAUAUCUGAGAACAAUUAUUACAGAAUUCUUCUGAAUUAUAUUUCAGGACAUAGGUGCCUAGAGAGUUCUGUUGUGUCACAUUCAUUUUAGGUCAAGAGUCCUUAGUUUCUCACCUUCUGAAUUAACAUUGUUGGCAGGAUUGUCAUUUAUAAUCUAUUCAUCCUUUUUAUAGAUUGUUAUACAGAAUUUUCGUAUGCUUUUUCUUUAUUUGGCUUAUUGAUCAGUUUUUAAAAUAGUUUUAAAUAUAUUUUUGCUUUCUCCUAUUUUUUAUUAAAAGUAAUGAAUACCAUUAAUUUGAUGUUUUAUUAGUACCUGUGCUGAAUUUUAAAUUAUAUGCCUCUGAAAUGGGCUGGACCCUAAAAUAUGGCAUAGGAAUAUGGGUAAAUAAAUCUCUUUCCCCUGAAAACCUGAUCAAAAGUUGGUAUGUCAGUCAAUUGAUGUUUUCUACAGAUAUUCCUCAAUUUACAACUGUUCAUUUAAUGCUAGUUGAAGUUUUGAUGGCCUUUGAAAAAACGACUUAUUACCUUUCCUCGUAGUUAUAACAGCUGGAUGAGCAUGUGUGUAUAUACACAUAUACAAUAUGUGAUUGCAAUUCAGGCACUUGGCUCGCAUUUACAAGAUGCUGAAGCAUCUUGUGAUCACAUAAUUGCAAUUUGCAAUUUUCUCAGGAGGCUCCUGAGGAGCAAAGUCAAUUGGGAACAUGCAUUUGGGACUGCACCUAAUCACAUGAUUCACUUAACCACCAUGAUAGAAAUGGUUGUAAAAUCGGGUCUGGUAACAUGAUGAUUUACUUAAUCAAAUCAAACCUUUAUUGUCAAUGCACAACAUGUAUACAAGGAAAUUGAAAGAGCCCCCCUUGGUGCAGCCCCCCCCCUCAAAACACAAAAUACAUCUCAAUAACGCAAUAAAUGAAAGAAAUAGAAUCCCUAAACCCAAAUAAGUAAUAACUAAUACACACUCCCAUAUACUUAUAUGUAUGUAACCUUAUAUUGUAUUACAUCGGUAUGAACAUGUUGCAUGUUGCGCUGGCCCUGGAAGUCUAUCAUAUUAAACCUAACUGUUGCGUUCAGAAGUCUGACAGCCCAAGGAUAAAAGCUAUUUUUUAGCCUGUUCGUUCAGCUGGCUAUGGUUCUAUAUCUCCUGCCCGAUGGUAGGAGAGUAAAGAAGUGCUGACCAGGAUGUGAAUCAUCCCUGAGGAUUUUCCUCACUCUGUUGAGGCAGUGGGUCCUGGUGAUUUCAUCCAGUAGUUUCAGGACAGCCCAUAAUUUUUUAUGCUCUGCUCAUCACCCUCUGUAAUGCCUUUUUGUCCACAGCUAUCAAGCCAACAUACCAUACUGUAAGGAUGCUUUCUAUCGUAGACCGGAAAAAUGAAGUCAUCAGUUCCACCUGAUUUUUCCGCUAGACCCUAAGAAAAUGAUGUUUGUAUCUCUGAUUGUGUAUGAAUGGGAUAAUCCUGUUAAAGAAGCUGGAGAAUAGCAGCAGAAAUGGAUGAGCAAGCUCUUCUAGGAUUAAAUCCAAAUGCUGAUUUAGAUUUCAGGCAGCGAGCAUUGGCCUAUUUUGAACAGUUGAAAAUAUCUCCUGAUGCUUGGCAAGUGUGUGCUGAAGCUUUAGCCCAGAGAAUUUACAGUGAUGAUCACAUCAAGUUCUUCUGCUUUCAAGUUUUGGAACAUCAAAUUAAAUACAAGUGUUCUCAACUAACUGAAGUACAGCAACAGCUAAUUAGGGAAACACUAAUAACAUGGCUACAGGCACAGAUGGUGAAUUCUCAGUCAGAGAAAACAUUUAUACGAAACAAAGCAGCUCAGGUCUUUGCUUUGCUGUUUGUUACAGAAUAUCUUACAAAAUGGCCCAAGUUUUUCUUUGAUAUUCUGUCUGUGGUAGGCCUGAAUCCUCGAGGUGUGGACCUUUAUCUCAGAAUACUUAUGGCGGUUGAUGCUGAGUUGGUAGAUAGGGAUGUUGUUCAUACUUCAGAGGAGGCUCGCAGAAAUACUCUACUAAAGGAUACUAUGAGGGAGCAAUGCAUUCCAAGUUUGGUUGAAUCAUGGUAUCAGAUCUUGCAAACAUAUCAGUAUACAAAUUCAGAAUUGACAUGUCAGUGCCUUGAAGUAGUAGGAGCAUAUGUCUCUUGGAUAGAUUUGAGUCUAAUUGCAAAUGAAAGGUUUAUAAAUAUGCUGCUAGGUCACAUGUCCAUAGAGGUUUUACGAGAGGAAGCAUGUGACUGCUUGUUUGAAAUUGUAAAUAAGGGAAUGGAUCCAAUUGAUAAAACUAAGUUGGUAGAAACUUUGUGUCAAGUGUUGCAGUCUGCUGGCCUAUUUAUAGUUGAUCAGGAAGAAGAUGUAGACUUUCUAGCUAGAUUCUCUAAACUGAUAAAUGGAAUGGGGCAGGCAUUGAUAGCUAGCUGGUCUAAACUUGUGAAGAUUGGAGAUUUAAAAAAUGCUCAAGAUAGUCUACAAGCAAUUGAAGCAAAAGUGGCUCUAAUGCUACAACUUUUGAUUCAUGAAGAUGAUGAUAUAUCUUCAAAUAUAAUAGGGUUUUGUUAUGAUUAUCUGCACAUAUUGAAACAGCUUCCUGUGCUUUCAGAACAACAAAAAGCUAAUGUAGAGGCAAUUAUGCUGGCAGUAAUGAAAAAAUUAACAUAUGAUGAAGAAUACAACUUUGAAAAUGAGGGUGAAGAUGAAGCCAUGUUCGUAGAAUAUCGGAAACAGCUAAAACUCUUGUUGGAUAGACUUGCACAAGUCUCACCUGAAUUAUUAUUAGUUUCUGUUCGCAGAGUUUUUAACACUACAUUGCAAAAUUGGCAAACCAAACCAUUUAUGGAAGUAGAAGUAGCAAUAAGAUUGUUAUACAUGUUAGCUGAAGCUCUUCCAGUAUCUCAUAGUGCUCACUUUACAGGUGAUACAAAAGCUAGUGCUCUGCAAGAUAUGAUGCGGACUUUGGUUACAUCAGGUAUUAGCACUUACCAGCAUACGUCAGUAACUCUGGAAUUCUUUGAGACUGUGGUCAGAUAUGAAAAAUUUUUCUCUCUGGAACCUCAGCACAUUCCAAAUGUUUUAAUAGCAUUCUUGGAUCACAGAGGUCUUCGCCAUACUAAUCCAAAAGUACGAAGCAGAAUAGCAUACCUUUUUUCCAGAUUUGUCAAAUCCCUCAAUAAACAAAUGAACCCUUUUAUUGAAGAUGUAUUGAACAGAAUACAAGACCUGCUAGAGCUUUCUCCACCUGAGAAUGGUUACCAGGCUUUAUUAACCAGUGAUGAUCAACUAUUUAUUUAUGAGACUGCAGGAGUAUUAAUUGUGAAUAGUGAAUACUCUACGGAACGUAAGCAGGCUUUAAUGAGGAACCUCUUGACUCCUCUAAUGGAGAGAUUCAAAGUGCUGCUAGAAAAACUUGUGAUGGCACAAGAUGAAGACAGACAGAUGGCAUUAGCUGAUUGCCUAAAUCAUGCUGUAGGCUUUGCAAGCCGUACUAGCAAAGCUUUCAGCAACAAGCAGACAGUCAAACAAUGUGGAUGCUCAGAAGUGUAUCUGGACUGCUUACAAACAUUUCUACCAGCUCUUAGCUGCCCCUUGCAGAAGGAAGUUCUUAGAAGUGGUGUACGCACCUUUCUUCACCGAAUGAUUAUUUGUUUAGAGGAAGAAGUUCUCCCAUACAUUCCUUCGGCCUCUGAACAUAUGCUCAAGGAUUGUGAAGCAAAAGAUCUUCAAGAAUUUAUUCCCCUCAUAAACCAGAUCACAGCAAAGUUUAAGACCCAGGUUUCCCCAUUUCUCCAGCAAAUGUUUAUGCCAUUACUGCAUGCUAUUUUUGAAGUAUUGCACCAACCUGCUGAAGAUAAUGACCAAUCUGCUGCUUUAGAAAAACAAAUGUUGCGAAGGAGUUACUUUGCCUUCCUACAAACAGUCACUGGCAGUGGAAUGAGUGAAGUCAUAGCAAAUCAGGGUGCAGAGAAUGUAGAGCAUGUACUCUUUACAAUCAUCCAAGGAGCAGUUGACUAUCCUGAUCCUAUUGCUCAGAAAACUUGCUUUAUCAUUCUUUCAAAAUUGGUAGAACUUUGGGGAGGCAAAGAUGGACCGGUGGGUUUUGCUGACUUUGUCUAUAAACAUAUUGUUCCUGCAUGUUUCUUAGCACCUUUGAAACAAACAUUCGACUUAGCAGAUGCACAGACAGUAUUGGCUUUAUCAGAAUGUGCAGUGACAUUAAAAACAAUUCAUCUCAAAAGGGGGCUUGAAUGUAUCCAGUAUUUGCAACAGGAAUAUCUCCCUUCAUUGCAAGUAGCCCCUGAAAUUAUACAGGAGUUCUGUCAAGCACUUCAGCAGCCUGAUGCUAAAGUUUUUAAAAACUACUUAAAGGUAUUCUUUCAAAGAGCAAAACCCUGAGGAAUCUACUGGAAUUUCUGCCUGUCUCCCUUAAUCAGGAACUCCAGAUAUUAACUUAUAGAAAUGCUAACUUCUGUGCCAUUCAAUUUUUUUUUCUUUUUUUAGUUUAUCGGUGCAUAAAUCAUAUGUGCAUUAGCCUUUUUACAUAAUACAGGAGAAUUGCCUAUAUACUUUGCUGGUUGAUGCACAUAAAGGCAUAAAGAUAACACAAGGUGCCUGAUUGCCUGUUUCAAACAGUACAUUGGAUAACUAUAAGAUGUAAUUAAAAAAGCAAAAAUAAAAUGCUUUUUUAUUUUGAAAUUAAACAGUGUAUAUAAAUUCCAAAUUAAUAGAAAUGGUUAUAAAUUGUGUACAUUUUAAAAUAAAUAUGUGCAUAUUAGAAGCAAGAUUCAUUUGUGCAUGUAUUGUGGAAUAAAAUAAAACAAUCAAACUCUAUUUCUAGAUAGAUCUUUCUUUGAAUGGACUAAACACGGAAAUCAAAACCGUUAUUAAUAGAUUGAUAAGAAAUAUAUGUGGCACUACCUUUUUAUACAAACAAAUAAACAUUAUUCAAUGAAAUUGUUAAAUUGUCUUAAAUUAUUUUUAUAUGUUGACCAUUAAGUCAGCUGUCUGUGUACUGAAUAGAAUUGUUGUUUAACUCUUUUUUCAAAAACUGGUAUCUGAACAGAAUUUUUAUAUUUAUUUUAGAAGCUCUGUAAACAAAUUAAUGAAAGACACAAUUUAUCUUGGGUGCAUACAGCUAUAUUUACAAGACUCAAUAAAAUUUUCUUCUA